AUGGACUUCGACAGUCGUGCAAAACAGCAGUCAGAUCGAAUUUUUCAGGCGUGGAUUCAAAAUUUACUCAGGAAUGCACCAGAAAACUUGGCAGGCAAGCUUGCUUCCCGUCAUUGCCCGUAUAUGCCCGUGAGCGCCUCACGACUUCAAAACGGCGCUUUCAAUGUUUGCUAUCGAGUGACCUUUGAUAAUGGAGCUCGUGUGGUUGUUCGAUUUGCUGCCCUUGGUCGAGUAAUCGCUCGCAAUGAAAAAGUCGAAGACGAGACCGCUCUGAUGGAAUUUAUCUCUCGGCGUGCAACGAUCCCCGUUCCAAAGAUAUGGGGCUUUGGCAAAUGUCCAAUUGGUCCGUAUAUUGUGAUGUCUUUUAUUGAAGGUGAUCUGCUCAGCGGAUAUCUUAGGGAUUCAUCUUGCGAAACAAGAACCCUGAAUUUGGAUACUCCUAUUUCUGUCUUAAAAAAAGCCUAUUCUUGUAUGGCAAAUAUAUUGCUGGAGCUUUCGAAGCCGGAGUUUCCAUUCAUUGGAGCUGUUCGAAGAGACGAGCUAGGCAGCUGGACUGUGCCAAAGCGACCGUUUACCUUCAACAUGAAUCGACUCGCUCAAUUCUCCAACAUUCCACUGGAUGUCUUCAAGCGACAGCAUUUCGAGAAUGCGGCAGAUUAUUUUGAAGAACUUGCUCAGCAGCAUUUCCAUCAUCUUGAGUUUCAGCUUAACGACGCAGUCAUAAACGAAUCCGAUUGCCGGCAGAAAUACAUCGCGCGCUGUCUGUUUCGCAAAAUCUGUCGUGGGAUAGACGCCGAACAUGACAAGGGUCCUUUCCGGCUAUAUUGUGAUGACCUUUGCCCCGACAAUGUUCUUGUAGAUGCUUCGGGAUCUUGUGUUACUGGGGUGAUUGACUGGGAAUUUACGUAUGCUGCUCCUGUUGAAUUCACUUACGCCGCUCCUUGGUGGCUCUUGCUAGAGCGCCCAGAGGACUGGGAGGACGAUUUAGAUCAACUUUUGAGUCGUUUUACGCCAAAAUUCGAUAUAUUCCUCGAGGUCCUCCGAGAUUGCGAGGCAAGAAAAAUCAAAGACGGAACCUUGUCAGAGUCUCAACGACUGUCGACUGGUAUGGGGACGUCGCUGGAGACUGGGCAAUUUUGGAUUUGCCUUGCUUCACGGCGUAGUUCAAUGUUUGAUGAAAUCUAUUGGAAGUUUAUUGAUCCAAAGUUUUUCGGACCCUUCACGACGGUCGAAGAUCGACUAGACUUGUUGAGCGCAGAUGAGCGUUUGAAGAUUGACACCUUCGUUGAGAUGAAACUGCGCCAGGAACGUGAGAGCAAGCUAGUCUCUUAUUACAGUGUUGAUGAACUGGUUGAUCUGUAA